AUGGCACCGAGUGGUUCAAAUACAAAGGUCACGGCUUCCAGAAAAUCCGCCAAGGUGAAGGACGCUUUACCAACUAUAAGAGUUACUAAGGUUUCAAAGAUCCCGAAGACCAAAGCGAAGUCGACGGCAGGGGAACUGCCUCCGAGAAUUACCCGAAAAACGACUCAAAAAGUGGUGAAAUCGUCAAAACUACUUCAUGAUGUAAUAAACGGGAACGACCCCAUUGAUCGACUAACCGAUGAUUGCCUGGAUAUUUUCUUCUCACUCACCCCAGUAGUCGAUCUCAUUAAGAUGAGAAGUGUGAGUAGACUGUGGAAGGAUUCCAUAGACUGGCGUUUGGGGAAUCUUUACUUUCAGAGGAAGUAUUUUCCCGAGUUUGCUGCAACUAAACCUUCUCCGAGUGCCACUAUCCCUUCUCUGUUUAGUAGAGAUGAAUUAUCAAGAAUGUUUAGGAGAAAUGUCUAUCUCGACACGAUGAGAACCAAGUCUAUUGCAACUUCCGUCAAAAAGUUUACAAAGAUUUUUUACCACAGUCUGUGGUGUUAUAGAUCAUGGGCGAUUUGCGGUGACUAUUUUGUUUGGAUGGGAGAAGAACAUCUUAAUAUUCAACGUAUUUUCAAUGUGGGGGACGAUGAAAUCCAACCAAUAAGAAGUUAUCAAUUACUAGAGAAAUACUUCACUUCUUCAAAUUUUUCGAAUUCGCGACAGGCAAUACGGCCUGAAAGCUGUGGUGUUGGGAGCGAAGGAGAUCCUCUUCUUGCAUUAAUAGUGUAUCAAAGGUCUACUGAUAAUUACCCCGCAUGGAAGCUGGGUGGGAAGGUUGUUGUCGUCAAUGUGGUUACUGGGAGACGCUUAUGGUCUCACGAAACACCACGAGAUACAUCGCAGAUUUAUGCCAUUCCCACCCUACGGCAGUACGCCUUAAAUGCUAAUAUCUUCGUAUGGUCAUACAAAACACCGCACCCCGAAGUUUCAUCGCUUGAGAUAAGGGAUAUUCGGACUGGAGAAAUAUUGUUGCAAGUUGAUGGGCUUGCACCAAUAGUGCAUAGGGGAGGCCCGGAAAACCGCACCGGUAAUUCCCAUGCUGGUAUUUGGGUCCAUCCACGUCGAAAUUUAAUCUUCUGCAUACUUGGGCAGCAGACCCCAAAGCGUAUGGGUAUUAUCUGCGCAGACACGGGCAACUGGGUGGCCAUAGCUGAGUUGCCGGUGACACAGUUGAGAGAAUGCCCCACUUGUCAUGGCCCCGCCAGCAGAUUCAAUACUAAUAUCCUUCCUCAUGGGCCCUUUCGGGUCAAUUCACUAUUCGGAUGUGUGAUGUUUGAGGAAUCGGCUCCAAAAGAUCCCGAUUCUCUUGAAAACUUUUACAUCCGCGAAUAUAAUUUUGUGCCGUUUUGCAGCCGAAAUGAACGAGCUUAUGCCGUUUGGUUUCGGAAGAAGGCCUUAUUAAAUCUUCUCCACGUUAACCUAAAGCUGGAGCCCGAAAUGGACGUUUUGACUGAGCAUAAAUCAACGUUUUACUCGCCACAGCCGACCACUAUCAAAAAAUUUGUAACGAGGCCUCAACGAUAUCUCCAAUACGUGCAAGGGAAGAAAUGGGUCAAGUGCAGGUUUGCGAAUAUGAAGGUCCAAGCAUUGAACGACAAAUACCACGUUUAUUCGACCAAGAAGGCUGUUAUCCUAUUGAUGUAUGAGCCCAAAUGGUAG